UACAAAUCGAUAUUAGACUAAUUGACCUUGAAAUUCUCUGUUUAUGAUUGGAUAAGAAAGAAAAAAAACAAAAAGUUUCCAAAAUUAGGAUCAAUUUAUUUAGCCCAGCUGUUAAAAACGUUAGUUAGUUAGUAAGUUAGUUAGUUCAAAGGCAAAACGUUAUCAAAUUACUAACGUAUCAUCAUUGAAAUUAUAAUCAAGUUAAAGUUUGGAAAAAGGAUUAUACACAGAAUAAAUAUCAAUUAUUAACAAGUCUCACAAAGUCUUAGAUACUGAAUAAAAUGAAUACAUACUUUUCUACCAGCUGACUGCAGCCGUACUGUAGUGUGUGCUACUGAAGUCGAUAGAUAUAAGUAGUAUGUAUCAUCAAUAGAAAGUAAAAGGCUUGACAGCAGAAGGUUAAGACGAUCGAAGGAAAGAGAACGAGAAUAGAGAAUGACUGGUGUGGAAACAAAGGAACAAUGAAGUCUAAGACGAUUGAUUGACAUUUUGCAGAAUGAAGUAUUUACUAUAUGGUUCUCAGAUUUUGCUAAGACGUUCUGUAAUUUUAUAUUAAAAUACAUUCGAUUGUCCCCAUUUGUGUUCUCGUUCAGUACAAUAGUAUAACAAGUACAGCAUACCGCAAAGUCUUUCGUUUAGUCCUUGCACAUUAGACGUAGAUACUGGUAACCAUCAUCAAUAAAAUGAAUCCUUAAAUAAUUUGAUUCUUGGAAAUUUGAUUCUUCAUGGAAAACUUUGAAGCACUGGACGUCCGUUUCGUCCUAGUAUGUAACUCCUCGGCAGUAAGCGAGACAGGUCCUGGAUUCGAGUCCCGAGGAGUGAACCCAUGGAUGCGCACUGCAGAGGAGUCCCAUACUAAGACGGAACGUCCAUCUAGAGCUUCUAGGUUUUCCAUGAUGGUCUAGCUUCAAUUGACGCAUGAAUUCAACUAUUAAUUCAUUAUAAUUGUGUAAUCUCUAUGUUAAAAAUUCGAAUCUUUAUAUAUUUCAUAAAUUUUGACAUUUCAAUUGAAUAUGUGAUAAAUGACAUUCAAUUCAUUGGAUUUUUAUAUCAAGGACUGAUUUUAAUUAGGUUAAGAGCUUUGACGUCUGAAGUUCCUGGAUUCGAUUUCCCGUAUGAUCUUAAAUGCCCACUGUCACUAAAGAGUCAUAUAUUAAUACGAAACACUUAUCCAAUGGUUCUUUGUUUUUAUUGAUUGUCUAAACAAAGCCAGUUCAUGAUGUGGCACUUCAAAUUGAAUCAUAACCUCAUCACUCUGCAACAACUAUUAAUAGCGCUUCAUUUCGGUCAUUAUUUGUAACUUCCAUCGAUAACAUUUUUAUCUUAUUGAAAAAUUAACUCAGCUAAACUUUACCUCAUACCGACGAAACAAGUGGAUCCUUAUUUACCACAAAUAAUACCAAGAGGAUAUUUUCCUCAGUUUGCUUCAUUGUAUCCUUGAAACUCAACUGACUGAAAUGUUAAAAUGAUUUGUUUUUCAACAACAAUAAAUAUCUUGAUCAUUCAUGAUAUACUUCUUAUUUGAUAGUGAGAACGAAGAAGAGACAUUGAUGUGUUUAAGUGUUUUCUUAUUUUGAAUUGAAAUGAAAGUAUUGUCUAUAAAUUCAAUAUCAUGUAAAACAAACAUUGUAUUCAUUUCAUAUUUGAUUCAGUUUACCCAUGUCAGUCAUAGUUAGCAAUAAAAUAUCUGACACGUAUAUGCCAGUUUAUAUUAUUGGACCAUACCUCAGAACAAUUUCAAAGGAGAUUAGCAAGAUUAAGAGACAAGCUGUGAAUCACAUGUGAAGAAAUUCCAACACUUCACUUCUACCUGAAAUUUGUGCUGAUGAUGUCAUUCAGAAGAACGAUGAAAGCUCCAUGACCAAACCAUUCAACUCAGAGAACAAAACUCCAUCAAAAUCAUCCACCUGAGCUACAAAUCUUCUUCACCAUCUCAAAAGGUUAAAAGAUCAAUAUAAAUUUUAAUGAAAAUCUAAACAUGAGAAACAUAGUACGAAAUCAAACAAAUCAGAUAGAAGAAUGAAAAGUUAAAGAUGACACAACUAAUUUUGGUGGAGUUUUGUUCUCUUAGCUGGAUGGAUGACACAACUAAGGAUUUGAUAAAAGAUGAGAAGUAGAUGUCAUUGUGUUAUUACUAGUAAUUUUAAGCUAGAUUACCUAAAAAUCUUCAAUGAAACAUCACAAUAAUCACUACACUGUAUUCAAACACAAACGUUUUUCAUAUGUUUCGAUAUAGCACAGAUCAUGUUUUGAUCCAAUAUCCUCUAGCUUCAGUGUAACUAUAAAGUUACUAUGAUAUCAAGAAUCUUUUACGUGCUAAUCCAAACGUUCAUUCAUUGUGAUGUUACUUCAAAUGUUUCUUUUAAAUUUAACAGAUUUACCUCGUUGUAACUAGUAAACAUCUAAACUAUUUGUAGGUAUCAUUACGAAGGCUUAACUUAAUAAUUUCGAAAUAACUAAUCAUUAUUGAUAAUAAGAAUAAUGAUAUAUUUGUAAUAUUUAUCAAUAUAGGAAUGUAAUAGUUGAAUUCAUGAGUCAAUCAAAGCUAAACUACCAUGGAGAACCUUGAAUCAUUGGACAGCCGUUUUUCCUAGUAUAGAACUCCUCAGCAGUACACAUCCACGGCUCGGCUCGCGGGGUUCGGACCCACGACCUUCGGUCCCACGCGCAAACACUUAAACCGUAGACCACUGAGCCGGCAACAAAUGGUGGUAAUGUCUAACUUCAAACAAUCCACGAAUAAUUAAUAACGCCCAUAUGUAAGUCCAGAAGGGUAAUAGUGAUAGAGUUACUGCUCAAAAUUAACAUCAUUUUAAAAGCAAAUGAAUGACAUAUCAUUCAGGGUAAAUAUAUUGAUCAUGAUUUACUGUUUUAAAACUUUUCUCCUGAUAUACUGUUAACAGCGAAUAUAAUUCCCAAAAUCUUACUUAAGGUACUUGAUGUUCUAUGAUAUGAUUAGAGUUGAAUUCUCUUGAGUAAUAGAACAUUAUUUCAUCCUCCAUUGUAAUACACUAGUGACCAAGGCCGGAACGCAGAUUUUGGAUGGGCUUGAUACUUUUAGGCCAAUGCAUGAUCAUCUAAUGUCCCACGUUAAACUUAUUGUACUACAGAUGUUUUUAAAUGACCUAUAUGCAAACCCAAUCAUAAUUGAUGGAGAAGCUCUGGAAGAUAUGGAAUCUUUCAAGUACCUGGGAAGCAUCAUCGAUGAACAAAGAGGAUCCGAUGGAGAUGUGUAAGCAAGGGCCGCAUUCCUACAGUUGGAAAACAUAUGGAACUCGAAACAAUUGUCAAUUAACGUCAAAGUCAGAAUGUUCAUUACGAACGUUAAGACACUUCGUUCUAUUAUACGGAGCUGAAACUUGGAGAACUAUCGCAACUAUCAUCAAAAAGGUAUAAGUAUUUAUGAACAGUUGUUUGCAUAAGACACUCAAUGGCCGUUGAUCAGAUACCAUCAACAACAGCCUACUGUGGGAGAGUACAAACCAACUUCGAGCUGAAAAAAGGAAAUUAAAAAAAGAUGUUGGAAGUGUGACUCAGCUAUCAAAUUCAUACAAUCUUCAUAAAAUCCCCUUUCUAAUAAUAUAGUAAUUUUCUAAAGAAGCAACUUACAUUGAUUCAUGAUAGAUUAGGAAAUUUAAUCUUUAUAUUUCACUAUUUUUUUAAUGAAAUCAUUUCAUAGUUUCAUCCAAGAAACUUGUCUGAACUUCUUUAGAAGUUUAUUAAAUUGUACAUAUAAAUGGCAUCUAAUACAACAAUACCAGGAUUGGCAUUUUAUGAUUCAUUAAUUAAUAAUAAUAUAUCAGAAUCAAAACGAUUAGUUGAAAUACAUAAAAUUGAUAUUAAUGCCAGAUUAAGUCAUGUUCGUAAAAGAAAUCAUACAGAUCUAUGUCCAGUACAUUUAGUAGCCUAUAAAGGAAAUUUAGCUAUGUUACAUUAUCUUAUACAAAAUGGUGUUAAUGUACAUCAACCUACUUGUACAUUACAACGUCGUCCAGUUCAUUAUGCUGCUUUACGUCAACAAGUAUCAUGUCUUCAAAUGUUGUUAAAUGCUGGGGCACAAAUUGAUGCGCGCGAUACAUUUGGAAAUACUCCACUGCAUUAUGCAGCUGAAGAUGGCGAUGGUGGACUGCUCAGCCUUCUAUUGAACAAUGGUGCUUGUGUUGAUGCUCAGGAUAUUACAAAUAAAACACCAUUAAUGAAAGCUGCACGUAGUGGUAAAGUAUGGGCUGUUCGACGACUUUUACUAUUUGGUGCUAAUGUAAAUGUAAAAGAUCGUAAUGAUGAAACAGCAUUACAUUUUGCUUGUCGACAAGGAUCUACAGAAAUAACUAGAAUGUUAAUUAAAGCCGAAUCACGUUUAAACGCACAAAAUCAAAUUGGUUUAACACCAUUAAUGGAAUCUGUAUCAUAUAAUCAACGAGAAGCUGUUAGCUUAUUGAUAAAACAUAAAGAUAUUGAUUUGUAUAAAAGAGAUUUUUGCACUGGUGAUACAGCUUUACAUAUUGCUGUGAAAAAGAAUUAUAUACAUAUUGUAGAAAUAUUAUUAAGAGCAGGUAAUUGGUAUAUCGAAUAUAAUUAUAACAAUUUGGGAGAAUCAUUUGUACACGAUGUUGUUGCAUAUAAUCGAUUAGAAUUAUUACGUUUAUUUCUUGCAUAUAAUUAUGAUUUGGAUAGACCAGCUAAACGUCUUCCACCGAAUAUACAUUUACUUUCAUCUUUAAAUCAUCAAACUCUAUUGAAAAAUACACAAAAUACUAUUACAACAUCAAUGAUUCAAUCAGAAUCAAAUAAUCGAACAUCUAUAAAUCCAUUUGAAAAAUCACCAUUUAAAAUGGCAUUAGAACGUGGACAUCUUGAUAUGGCUAGAAUAUUAGCUGAAGUCGGUUGUUUUUGUACACAUUUACCAAUUAAUUCAAAUAGUAUACCAUCAGUAUGUGCAACUUCAUCUUCAUCAUCAUCAUCAUCAUCAUCAUCAUCAUCAUCAUCAUCAUCAUCAUCAUCAUCAUCAUCAUCAUCAUCGUCGAACAACAAUAAUAUUCCCGAAACGAAUUCAAUCAAUUCAACAGUUAAAAAUUCUCAUUUGAUUAAUCAAAAUCUUUUAACACGACGUUAUAAUGGUUUACUUGAAGUUAAAUCAUUACAAAAAUGGUGUCGUAAAGUGAUAAGACAACGUUUAGGUUUUCGUCUUAUUGAAGCAUUACCAUUAUUACCUAUACCAGUACCAUUAAAAGAUUUUCUAUUACUUCGUGAUAUUGAUUGGUCAAUUUAUUUAAAUAAUAUUCAUAAUAAUAAUAAUAAUAAUAAUAAUAAUAAUAGUAAUAAUCGUAGUUCUAUCAUAAAUUCAGGGGAAUUAGCCAUUAUAGUACCAACUUAAUCAUUCUCUUCUUCUUUCCUUUUCUUUCUUUUCUUUUUCUUUUAUAAAGAAAGUAACAUUUGACAACACUUUCCUUCCUCUUUUCUUUUCUCUUUUUAAAGAAAAAGAAAAGACAAGAAAACAACAACAACAACAAACUUAAUAGAUAAACAAAAACAUGAUCAGGUUCAAUUGUCUGAUCUUUCUUCUUGUUCACAAGUCUAGAUUAGUAGAUUUUCACAUGAUUACAUAAUUUAUUUACAAAAAAAAACAAAAGAACUCAUAUUUAGGUUUAUACAAUUACAUAUAGAAAUAAAUUAUAUAACAACAUCAUAGGAGAUUCAUACUUAUUAUUAUUAUUAUUAUUAUUAUUAUUAUUAUUAUUAUUAUUUGAAGUAACAUGGAACUUAUAAUAAGAUACGUAUCUGUGCCA